GGACAAAUAAGUCUAAACAUAUAUGGCGCGGUACAAGUUUAAGCAGGUGACGGGUCGUACAGUACUAGUACUAACGCACUUCUACGAUCUCCCUUCUCGUCUACCAGACCCUCGCUAACUAUUAUAAUGUCUCCUCCAACUUCUGGGAAAAGCAAAGAGUCAGGGACUGCCCGGGUUCUGGGGUCUGGUGCAUCUGGUGUCGCUGAGUUGCUGGUAUUUCAUCCAGUUGACACAGUAGCAAAACGGCUUAUGAGCAAUAAAGCCAAAGUAUCCUUCUCAACGCUUUCCCCGAUCGUGUUCCGCGACUACGCUACGGCUUCGUUGCCUAAAAAGCUUCUGUCUCUAUUCCCCGGUCUUGGGUAUGCAGCAGGGUACAAAAUUUCCCAACGGAUAUACAAGUUCGGUGGGCAACCAUGGUUUAAUGAGAUCAUCACGCGAAAUUACAAGGACGAGUUCACGAGCAUAUUUGGCGAGAGGAAGGGCAAGAUGAUGAUGCAGGCAACUGCUGGCAGCUUGACUGGUAUUGGUGAAGUUGUUCUACUUCCUCUAGAUGCCUUGAAGAUAAAACGACAAGUCAACCCCGAGGCGUUCCGUGGACGAGGAGUCCUUCGGAUAUUCAUGGAGGAAGGCACCACCCUAUACCGUGGAUGGGGUUGGACCAUGGCGCGUAAUGCGCCAGGUUCCUUCGCGCUCUUCGGCGCUUCGGCGGUGACGAAGGAGUACGCGCUUGGUGUCACUGACUAUUCCAAAGCCACGUGGACCCAGAACUUCAUUGCAUCUAUCGCAGGAGCUGUUGCAUCCAUCACAAUUGCAGCACCCCUAGACACAGUCAAGACUCGUAUCCAAAAUGCAAACUUCGAGCAGAAGGUGCCUGGCCUAACGGUUAUGAGGGACCUUAUCCGAAAUGAAGGCCCUACAGCAUUCUUCAAGGGCUUGACCCCAAAAAUUCUUGUCGUUGGGCCGAAGCUGGUCUUCAGUUAUACCCUCGCGCAAUCACUAAUACCUUUCUUUGGGAAGUACGUAUGAACGGUAAAACACAAUUCCCCUAGUCUAUGAUAUCUCGAUCCUGCCUAGCUUUGGAUACGCCUGGUGCUUGCACAUUGGCUGCAGCCUUGUUGACAUUGCUACACUGAUCUAGAAACGUCCAACUAACAAUAAUACACCCUUCUUACAAAAAAAUUGUCAAGGAUGAGCGUGGUAGCUCUGCAUUAAACUUUUCUCAAUGAAUUUGCAGUAACCUGCGGUCCUGCAUGUGCAAAUCUACUUUAGCGAAAAACAAAAAUUUACUGUAAAUAUGACUGCAUAGCCGG